AUGCCGAAACCUCGUACGGCAACGCUACGAAAGCUUUACGACCCCAGCAGCCCACAAUCUUCAGCUCCCCGAGUUCUUGAUACUGGCGCACUGGUCCUCUACUUUCCCGCUCCCGACACCGUGACUGGCGAGGAUGUGCUCGAGCUGCAUGUCCACGGCGGCCCCGCUAUUGUUCGGUCGGUCUUGGACGCCAUAUUAAGGUGCGGUCCCUUGAUGCACGGAAGAGGAGGAGCACUGAGGCAUGCCGAUCCUGGCGAGUUUACAAAGUGGGCAUUCUACAAUGGCAAAUUGGACCUCACACAGGCUGAAGCGUUGGGGGAAACCCUAGCAGCCGAAACCGAACAACAGCGUCGCUUGGCUGUCAGCGGAGCAGACGGCGGACUUUCUACGAGAUACGAGGAAUGGCGUACCAUGCUGCUAUAUGCUCGAGGAGAGCUAGAGGCUCUGAUCGACUUCUCUGAAGACCAACAUUUCGAUGAGUCGCCGGCUCAGUUUGUAACGUCGAUCUCACAUCAGGUCCGCACUUUGAAGAGACAGAUUGAGCUACAUCUUCAAAAUGCCUCCAAAGGGGAGCUACUGCGUAAUGGCAUCAGCAUAGCUUUGCUGGGUGCACCCAACGCCGGCAAGAGUUCCUUACUCAACCAGAUUGUCGGACGAGAGGCUGCAAUCGUCAGUGCCGAAGAAGGGACCACUCGAGACAUUGUCGACGUCUCGAUCGACCUUGAUGGCUGGCUAUGUCGACUUGGUGAUAUGGCCGGCCUCCGCGCAAUUAGAGCUUCUGGACAGCGGCAGCAACCUGUCGGCUUGGUGGAACAAGAAGGAAUUCGUCGAGCAAGAGAGCGGGCCAUGCGAUCCGACGUGGUUCUGGUACUAUUGUCGAUCGAGCUGGAUAAAGAUGGAAAUCCGCAAGUCCCCGUCAAUGAACAGGUUCUUGAGGCGGUGCAAGAAUGCGGUGCUGCCGGCAAGACUAUUCUCGUCGUCCUAAAUAAGAUUGACCUGCUGGACAUGGAUGACGAUGGACCAAAACAAGAAGCCAUGAGGGUCUUGCAGACACGAACCCGUCAGAUACUUCCAAUGGUCCCUGAGCGGCGGAUAUGCAUGGUGUCCUGCAAAGCCGCGGCGAACAGUCUAGUCGGCGCUGACCCUGGCGGUAUUCAGGCAUUCCUCAGACAACUGACCAGCACAUUCGUGGAAUUGACGACAGCGUCGACCGGCGAAGACAUUGCGAAUCCCAAAAUGACCGCAGCGGAAGCACAGUCCUACUGGGCCACAUCCCUCUCAGUCACGCACCGGCAGACCAGGUACCUGUCGCAGUGCUUACAUCAUCUCGAAGACUUCCUUGCCCAGACGCAAUCUCACCUGCAUACGGAAACACCGGAAAUCUCCGAUUCGUGCAAUCCCGCCACUGGGUAUCGCGCUCGCCGCCACGAUGACUUUGUCGCUCCAAAUAUAGCACAGGCCAACGGAGAUGGAGAGGUGGAUGGUGCAGUCGAUAUCGUGACUGCAGCGGAACAUCUCCGGUUCGCAGCCGACUGCCUGGCCAAGAUUACGGGUAAGGGAGGAUCCGGCGAUGUGGAGGACGUCCUUGGAGUCGUCUUUGAAAAGUGA